CACUUUACAGCAACAGUCCCUACCAACAACCAGCAUGGCUACUGCGUCUGGGAGCGCUUGUCCAGAAGGAGAAAGGAGUGAUUGCGACGAUGGAGGAGGCGACAAUAGCGACCCAGCACAAGAGACUACUUCGGGAAAUGCUUUGCAGAAGAAACCCGUUUGUCUCAUAGUGCUUGGCAUGGCAGGGUCUGGAAAAACAACUUUUGUGCAGCGACUCAAUGCUCAUCUUCACACCAAGAAGUCUCCUCCAUAUGUCAUCAACCUAGACCCUGCUGUGCACGAAGUCCCUUUCCCAGCCAACAUUGAUAUCCGUGACACAGUGAAUUACAAAGAAGUGAUGAAGCAAUAUGGCCUAGGUCCCAAUGGAGGAAUCGUCACCUCUUUGAAUCUCUUUGCUACGAGGUUUGAUCAGGUCAUGAAAUUCAUUGAGAAGAAACAGUACAAUCACCAAUAUGUGUUGAUUGACACUCCUGGACAGAUAGAAGUGUUCACCUGGUCAGCGUCCGGAACCAUCAUCACUGAAACACUGGCCUCUUCCUUCCCCUGUGUGGUGGUCUACGUGAUGGACACGUCUCGCAGCGUCAACCCAGUCACCUUCAUGUCCAACAUGCUCUACGCCUGCAGCAUCCUGUACAAAACCAAGCUGCCCUUCAUUGUCAUCAUGAAUAAGACAGACAUAAUCGACCACAGCUUUGCGGUGGAGUGGAUGCAGGACUUUGAGGUGUUCCAGGACGCUCUGAACCAGGAGACGUCCUACGUCAGCAACCUGACGCGCUCCAUGAGCCUGGUGCUGGACGAGUUCUACACCAACUUACGGGUUGUGGGUGUGUCUGCAGUCACAGGCAGCGGAUUGGAAGAGUUCUUUGUUCAGGUGGCAGAGGCCGCAAAGGAGUACGAGACGGAUUAUCGUCCUGAAUAUGAAAGACUUCAUAAAGAACUGGCCGAUGCUCAGAGCAGGAAGCAGCAGGAACAGAUGGAGCAUUUACGGAAGGACAUGGGGGCUGUUGCCAUGGAGAUGACCUCACGGACAGAGGAAGCUGAUGUGGCUGGCCGAAGUGAUCUCAUCUUCAACCGCGGUAACCCUGAUGAGGAGGAGGAAGAGGGGGAGGACAGUGACACGGAUGACAUCGAUCACAACGUGACUGAGGAGAGCAAGGAGGGCACGGCCUUCGGGAACUUCCUGAAGGAGAGGAAAGAAGUGAUGCAGGUACGAAAUAGGAAGUCUCAAUGAUGACCGGAGGAUCCUGACCCCCCCCCCCCAGGAAGAGCGAGCGAAGGACGCAUGAAGCAAAUGGGAAGGGCUGUAUCUCAUUAGUCCAAUGUGGUUCCCUCUAGGGAUGUGACAUGUGUAAAAAUAUAAAUAAACUAUAACAAAAAUCGUAUUAAUUACAUGUGAAUUCACAAUGCAGAUAUGGUCCUGCGGAUGAACGCUAGGGGGCAAUGUAGUUCCAUCUAUCGCGGUCAUGGCAACCAGACGGUGCUCACCUAUAGGGAUGGAACAAUUCAACGAUACGCAUCGGUCCCCGAUUCAAAUGGAGUUCAUCGAUCCGCGGGAGUCCAAACCGAUCCAAAUGAAAUGUAUCGGUAAGAAAAACGUUUUCAAACGAAUCUCCAGUUCACUAACGUCUUUUACUCAGAUUUUUUCUGCCUUAUUUCGAAAACACUUCAUCUGUUGUGACUGAAUUGGUGCGUCCUCUUCAGCCUAUCAAAUUUUAUGCCUGUAACUGCAUAUGACAUGGGUGAGGGGACAAAAUUGCAAAUGAAUGUGUUGAUGCAACAAUUAUUAGUGCAUCGAAUCAAAUUCGUUCUGCUAAUCAAAUCGCACCGAAUUGUUUGAUACUAAAAGUAUUCUUCCUGUAUUGUAUCGUAGCCCAUGUAUCUAGAUGCGUAUCGAAUCGUGCUUGUAAGGAGAGAUGUACAUCCCUAAUCACCUUACUGUUGUCCCACCCUGUCUCACUCUGCCAUUUUUCCAACUGUUAAUGACAGUGAUGUGCGGAGCGCUUUAUAUCUAUGGCUAAUCAUUUGAAAGAUGCCUAUCCUACUAACGUUACAGCAUUGUUGUGUUAGGUAUUUGUUUAAUUUUAAUUAUUCCUUUUAUGAUGAUGAUCGGUGACCUGUUAGUGCAGUUAUCACAACUACUACUAUGAUUUAAAGUUUGUGGGCAAAAAAACUUUUUCCCAGUUAAUGAUCCCAAUUUUGUUUAAAUGUUCACACCCCUAGUUCCCUCUCCUUCAUCUGCACUGAUCUACUGUAGCCACUCAGGUAAGGUGUGAGACAGUAUAGUCCUACCAGCUCACUCCAGUCAGCAACAAUGAUAGAGAGGAUGGAAGUUUGCCACUUUAGAUUAUGAAGAUGCACCUAGGUGUGUUGGCUACUGGGACUUCUAUCCCUACCUGCUAUCCCUAGACUCAUUUUGCUUAUAAGGGAGGGUUAUUGAGAUAAUGACUGAUGGAAUAACGUGCUUGUAUCCUAUAUUCUUUUCCCCUUUUAAGUUGUUUUAUUGCAUAUUGUUUGUAAGUUCAUUCUAUGAAGCUUUUUCUUCAGUGGAAGAACACACAUCUCUGUAUGUCAUUCCUACCUGGGGAAUGCUUUUCAUCAGUCACAAGAGUUCUGGAAGUGUAUAUUUUUAUAUCACAAUGUAACAAAUAGUUUUGUUUUCUAUUUUAGUGCAAAUAUGCUCAUGUUUGUGAAAGUCCUGUUUGGAUCCUCUAAAAGCUACAUACAUUUGUUAUGAAUGUGUUCAGCCUAGUCGUGUGUGGCUGCAUGAGAUGCACACUGCCAUAUGUGAAUGAAACUAUGGGGUGGAUAGCCGGAAUAUUCUGGAUUCUACGCCUACUCUCCAUCUGGCCUAAGAAUCAAACUGGCUAUCCCACAUACACAAAUACAGCAACAUGGUAUACUGUGAAGACUGAAAAUACAGUUUUCUUUUACCUUUCUACAGAUGGGUAUGGCAUCAUUCGCCUACAGAAUGACAGUAUAUGAGCUUACAGAUGAAAUCACAUUUGUUAAAGGGGAAAUUCACCCAUUUUUACGUGGCCUUAUUUUCACUCUUUCAGUGCCUGAAGUUGAUAUCCCAAAUGUUUUUUUUUUGUGUAUUUUGUCGUCACUUGCCAUAGACUACAAUGCAUUAUGAUAAUGUCUAGGCAUGUCAUAUAAAACGCUGAAACACUCCAAACCAUAUGUUAUUACAUCAGAAUGUCAUUGUGGAUAAUGUUUUUAUUUAUUUAUGUUCCACUCUCCCAUAAAUCCAUAUUUGCAUAUUUUUGUUGUUUUAAACUACAUCAUUCAAACACGGAUUUAUGGCACAGCGAUAAAAAUAAAUAAAUGCUGAGACAAUAUCCAGAAUGAGAUUCUGAUUUAAUAUGAAUUGUUUUGGAGCAUUUUAUAACAUGCUUUAGACACAUUUUCAUAAUGCAUUGUAGUCAAUGCCAAGCGAUGACUCCGCAAAAUGUGACAACCAAUUUUCUCUUCACAAAACAAAAUAUCCAAAAAUAGUUUGGGGGAUCAACUACAAGCACAGAAAGAGUGAAAAUAAGGCCACAUGUAAAAAUGGGGGAACUUCCCCUUCAAUGCUUUGCAUCGGUGAGUCCUCUGGUCCCAUAUCACUAACCCUACAUUCGUCCCUAACCUUUCAAUGUUUUCAGAUCUGUACGGUAGAUGCAGUUUUCAUCUGCUCUGAUAGCUGCUGCUGUGGCUGCUUAUUGUAGGUUCCUGCUAUAUGUGUAAUGCUAUAUGUGUAAUGCAAAUGCAUGAGUCAUGCCUGCUGAGUCAUGGUUGCAGCAGCACAGCAAGCCCAACAGAUACAGGGGUGUAUUUUAUCACAGAUCUCAGUCUUAAUGGUAAAGUGUCCCUCCAUUUGUUCAAGAUGAGUGAGUCUUACCACACAGAUUCACAUAAGCACAAACCGUGAAGAGAUGUCACGGCAACACAAACAAUGGCAGCAGCCAGACGCCUCCUGUGUUGCUGUGUUCUUCCAGUGAUGGUGACUCACUUCCGCGAUGGCAUUUACAAGAACAUUCACACACCCUCUGCUCCCCUCCUCUCAGCCCGUGGGCAACAAAUGUCGCCAGACACACAGAGAACAAAAAAUAGGAUCUAGAGAGCGGGAGAGGAAUUCACAGCUCAAUGGGAAAGUGUCAAAACGCCUACUAGUAAUUACAUGUCUACAAGAAAAAGCAGAAUAAUGUGUCAAAAUUGAACACAAGUAUGAGGAGGAUGUUAUAACUACAGUUGAGAACUAUUUUUGGGGAGUAGUGAAUAAAGUCAAAUGUCAUACA